AGCCCUGUGAAGUCCAGCCCUCCCCCCUUGCCCACUCCCCACUUCUCAAGCUGGUUUGGUGUUCAGGGAGGGCAGUGAUCACGCAAGCCGGAGCAGCAAACUGACGUUGGACGAGCUAUCAGGUAGCUGAAAGCAGGCAGCGAAGCAGCGGAAACACGUCCAGCGUUCCAAGCCUGGGUCUGGAGUCAAAGCCUCUCGGAAUCUGAGCCAGCUGGUUUUAACCUUCGCGAAUUGCAAUCCCAUCUCCCCAACGACAGUCCUCCCAGAGCGAGCAGCAGGAUGUUUGCAGUGUCGCGCCCAGGGCUCUGAGACUGAGCCUUCUGAUAGAUUUGCAUGUCUUUCUUUUAGGACUUUUUGGCUGCUAGCUACACUGAUGUGACCCCCUCCCUUUGGAAUGAUGGGGAUCUUUUUGGCAUAUGUUGGAUUUGUUUUCUUUUCUGUUUUAUAUGUACAACAAGGGCUUUCUUCCCAAGCAAAAUUCACUGAGUUUCCACGGAACGUGACUGCGAUAGAGGGGCAGAAUGUGGAGAUGUCCUGUGCUUUCCAGAGCGGCUCGGCCUCAGUGUACCUUGAGAUCCAGUGGUGGUUCCUGCGAGGACCUGAGGACCUGGAGCCUGUGGCCGAGGUGGCUGGUGCACAGGUGGAGCUCUUACCUGAGAGAGACCCGGACAACGACGGGACCAAAAUUAGCACAGUGAAAGUCCAAGGCAAUGACAUCUCCCACAAGCUUCAGAUAUCCAAAGUGAGGAAAAAGGAUGAAGGCUUAUAUGAGUGCAGGGUGACCGAUGCCAAUUAUGGAGAGCUUCAAGAACACAAGGCCCAGGCCUACUUGAAAGUCAACACCAACAGCCAUGCACGGAGGAUGCAGGCCUUUGAAGCCUCUCCCAUGUGGCUGCAAGACAUGAAACCUCGCAAAAACGUCUCUUCAGCUGUUCCCAGCAGCAUCCACAGCUCUGCCAAUCAGCAGCGUGCGCACUCGACCUCCAGCCCUCAAGCGGUAGCCAAAAUCCCCAAACAAAGUCCACAAUCAGGUGCGAGGAUAGCUACAAGCCAUGGACUUUCUGUCCUGCUUCUUGUUUGUGGCUUUGUGAAGGGUGCUUUGCUUUAAUCUAAAGUGCUGACUUUUUUCCAAUAUCACUUUCUCUUCUUAAAGCAAAGAGCAAAUCGCCUGUAAAAUCUACGGAGCGGACAGCAAAGUUGACCCUAAACUCCAAGCACCAUUCUGCACCCACUGUACUCUAAUUACCUACACAAGGAGCACCUGCUUCCGGAAGCAUA